AAUAGGCUUAUAAAUCCAAAACCAAUAGUAAAUAAAGUUUCAGCGUCGCGAUCUCGCGGGCGCGGUGCAUGCUGGGACAGCGGGUCCUCCACGCGCGCCUCCAUCUUUAAACCCCAGAGAAAAACAGCUUCCGCUCAGCCGUACACGCACAUCCUGCGCUCACAUCCACAUUUAUGACACAAUAACCAUAGAUCUGCGCUUUGAAUCGACAUUUCGGAGCAGCAGAGACCCGAGGAGCUCAUGGGAGCUUUAUUUCUGCGUUGACAUCCAAAAACAGAGGCUGAGAAGAUCGCAAGGGCGCACCUCUUCUCCUUCUUUUGUCCAUCUCUCUCUCCGUUUUCUCUUCUCUCCCUCCGGAGAUGAGUAGUGGAAGAUGUCGGUUUCGGGACUGAAGGCCGAGCUGAAGUUUCUGGAGUCCAUUUUCGACCCGAACCACGAGCGCUUCAGGAUCCUCGACUGGAAACCGGACGAGCUGAGCUGCCAGUUUAACGUUACCGGAGACCAGCUGCUCAUCAUCCACUGCAACAUCACGGAGUCCUACCCGUCGACGCCGCCGAUAUGGUUCGUGGAGUCCGAUGACCCGAGCCUGACUGGAGUGCUGGAGCGGCUGGAGGAGGUCAGGAGGAGCAGCACACUGCUCUUGCAGCAGCUGAAGAGGCUGAUCUGUGAUCUGUGCCGCCUCUAUAAUCUCCCCCAGCACCCCGAUGUGGAGAUGCUGGACCAGCCUCUCCCUGCAGGACCUGUCAACCAGGACAGAAAGCUUGGGACGAAAGAUGAGGUCACAUCAGAGGAGGAGGAGGAAGAGGAGAUGGCAGAGCAGGACAUCGAUCUGGAGCACUACGAGAUGAAAGAGGAGGAGCGGGUGGAUGGCAAGAAGUCUGAGGAUGAUGGGAUCGAGAAGGAAAACCUGGCCAUCCUGGAGAAGAUCCGCAAGAACCAGCGGCAGGACCACUUGAAUGUAAGUGCUCACUCGGGCGCCGUGUCUGGAUCUGUUCAAGCGUCGGAUCGUCUCAUGAAGGAGCUCAGGGAGAUCUACCGAUCUCAGAGUUAUAAAAACGGCAUCUACUCGGUGGAGCUGGUCAACGACAGCCUGUACGAGUGGCACGUCAAAGUGAGAACUGUGGAUCCGGACAGUCCUUUACACAGUGACCUUCAAGUGCUGAAAGAAAAGGAAGGGAUGGACUACAUUCUCCUCAGCUUCUCAUACAAAGAUAAUUUCCCCUUUGAUCCUCCGUUUGCACGAGUCGUUUCUCCGGUCCUGUCUGGAGGGUAUGUUCUUGGCGGAGGAGCUCUGUGUAUGGAGCUGCUCACUAAACAGGGCUGGAGCAGUGCCUAUUCCAUAGAGUCUGUCAUCAUGCAGAUAAAUGCCACUUUAGUCAAAGGAAAAGCAAGAGUGCAGUUCGGAGCCAAUAAGAAUCAGUACAAUCUUGCCAGAGCGCAGCAGUCGUAUAAAUCGCUGGUGCAGAUCCAUGAAAAGAAUGGUAAGAUCUUCACAGUUGACAAAUGAAAUUAAAAUUCAUAUCUGGAAAUGGAAAAAACAUCAUGUUUGGAUAUUUCCAUUUUAAUAUCAUAAAAACAGUUCUUGUAUCAGUCUCGUAACUAAAAGUUUGCCUGAGAUCAUCUGAUUUAACCAGCAUUAUUACUAAAGAGUCAUUUGUGAGUUUUAAAGACCGUGGAAUUAUUUGAGGACUGUAGUUUUAUUUCCUAUUGAUUGACAUAUUUCUGCUGAAACGAGUAUUUAUUUAUGAAAAGCCUUUAGUUCAUGAUACAUUAUAAAUAAGGUGACUUGCCAAUUUUUGUGGUCCAUUUCUUAACCCUCAUAACAUUGGGGUCUGUUCAGACCUGGAAAAGGUGCAUAAAAAUACUUUAAAAAGUGUGUAGGUUUGUAAGGGAAACAGGUCAAUUUAG